AGGUAAGAUUUUGGAACGUACCCCAUUUAGGAAAAACUCUGAAAUACCGAAAUACCAGUAAAAUUGCACGCUACUGAGGCAGAUGCUACGUCCGCGCUGCCGCGCACGCGUGUGACGAUUGCGAGGAUCCAUCCGAAAGCAGCAGCAUCGCAAGUCCCUUUCGCGAAGGAUAUACGUUCGGAAGUGCCUUUUUUCCUUGUUUUCGUUUACAUUGAGUCCUUGUCGCGGUGCACAUGGUCACACGGGGAUAUGAAUUAACGCGCGUCGCUGUCUCAACAAUAACAAAAACGUGUCAGAUGCGAGGAGCGGAACGGCCAUAGGCUGUGGGGCGAUAUCUCGUCGGGUGACCAAUUCUAACCUUGUUUUUUUGACGGUAACAUGAAGUCGGGUAAUACGGACAAGCAUAGGGGCGCGAUACUCCUAAAACAGGAGGAAAAUGAACAAGUGUUCCAGCUGAUAGGAAAUCGAUGCCAGUGUUUGGCAGCUGGCAUUAUACAAUUAUAUUUGACUGAACCUCCUUUACAUCGAGAUUGGAUUAAGAAGAGUACAGGUAUUAUUACUCUAAUAAGAGACAAUCCAAGACGUAGUUUCUUUUUGCGAUUGUAUUGUUUGCAAAAGAAAGCGAUGUUGUGGGAACAUGAAGUUUAUAAUUCAAUGGAUUAUAAAGCUCCGAUGUCAUAUUUUCAUACAUUUGAAGCAGAGGAUUGCAUGGCAGCAUUUAAUUUUGCAAGCGAGACUGAAGCCAUCACGCUAAGAAACAUACUUCUUGGUAAAUUACACGCAAAACGUCAGAGAAAGCAGGAAAGAAAAGCAAAAGAGGGACAACUUAGUGGUCCGUUUUCUUGGAAAAAUCAAAGUGCUGCGUCACCUCGCAAUAUUACAUCGAGCUCAUCGGCCAAUUUAUCGAAUGGCGCGCCCACCACAGUUGGGGUUAAUAGAAGUGCUUCGAGCAGUUCGAUGUAUAAAACUAAAAAGAAAAAGAACGAACAAGAUCUUAAGCGCAAAUUGACUAAAGAUGAUAUUGGUCUUCCUUCUAAUUUCAGGCAUGUAGCGCACUUAGGAUGGGAUGUAAAUAAUAAAGGCCUGGAAUUAGAUUCUGUAGACUCUCAGUUACAACAGUUUUUUAAUAAUGCUGGUGUAUCGGAGUACGAAUUGCAAGAUAAGGGCACUCGAAAAUUUAUUUAUGACUUUAUAGAAAGAAACGGCGGUAUGAGCGCGGUGCAAGAAGACAUUCAACCAAUACCUAAUACGAGAACUAACAAUGAGCUUCCAUUGCCACAAAAACAGGAUUAUCCUCCACCUAUUCCCGCACGAACAAUACCUCAUCAAACACGCAGUGCUCCACCUUUGCCUCCAAAUCGUCAUAGCGUGUCUUCUGUAUCACUAAACAUGCCACCUAGCGUGCCUGCGAGUGCAUCUCCGAGUGCUUCCUCCACUAUGCCACACACAAUGUCAGCACACAAGACCUUACCGUCGAGACCUCCUCCACCUAUUGUAACUAUAGCGCCGACUUUACCUCCACCUCCGCCACCGCCUCCACCAGCUCCUCCCUCGAGAACCAGUUCGAGUAUUCCCGCGCCACCGCCACCGCCACCUUUACCGGAUAUAAGUAGUGUCAACAAUACGCCAAUUAAUACGAAUGCUACUAAUAACAAUAACGAGGAAACGAUAUCUGAUCUCAGGCCAAUGCUCAUGGAAUCUAUCAGAAGCGGCACAACUUUAAGGAAAGUUAAUAAGACGGAAACGAAACCACCGACGGUUGAAAAUUCAAGAGGAGAGUUGCUACGACAGAUACGCGAGGGUAUCGAAUUGAAACCCGUUCCGAACGAAGUGAAAUCAAAUACGACACCCGCACCACGUGGUGGUUUAGCUGACGCAUUAUCCAGAGCUCUGGCUGAACGAUCUCGUGCAAUCCACAGUGAAAGCGAAGACGAAUCAACUAGUGAUACUAGCGAGGACGACGAAUGGGACGAUUAAAUCCUGAUUAGAUUGGGAACUUCGAAUUAUGAUUAAAAAAAAGCAACAAUAACAUACAUGUGUACCCGCUGUGAUAAAUAUACUAUUGAAUAAAAAAAAACGAUUAACGAAGCUAUAAACGUGCAAUGUAAAUAAUCUUGAAUUUUAUUAUCCAAAGAAGAGUGUAAAUCAGGAUAAAAAAGUAUUUAAAAGGAACUACUUAGAUGUAUAAUUGAGAAUAAGAGCGCACUAUGUAUAUGAAGAUAGGGCAGGUAAGGGUAAGCAAAAAUUUAUUUCAAUAUUUUUAAAGAGAAUAGAAAGAGAGAGAAAGAGAGAAAAAGAGAGACAUCAAGUGUGAGCGAGCAAUUAAACGAAGUUGCACUGCAAAAGUAUUUAUAUAUUGUGUCUCUGAUAAGUAGAAAAAUUUGAACAAUUCGAACAUUUUGUAUGUGUGUAGCAAUAUCUUCGAUCUAGAAAUUAUUCUUGAUUUUGAAAGUGAUUUUACAAAGUUGAGAUAUAUAACAUUCAGCUGGUAGUAGUAGUACACAGCGUCUCCUUUUGAGACUCAACUAUUACUCAUACUUCCUUACAGCUUCGUACCUAACUUUUUGUUUAAAAACUUUCGCCAAAAUAUCGUAUCUUUUCCAAGAUAUUUAACUCUAUUGAACUAAAAUAUUCGACAUAAAGAUUGCAUUCGAGCGUCAUACUGUGUAAAAUUUUACGUGUAUAUAUUAUUAUAUAAAUAUAUGAAGGAAUAUAUAUAGUGAGAUAUAUAUGUUAGAAACAAAGAAUAUAUUUUUCUAAACUUAGUUUCUAUGUAGAAGAAUGCAAAUAAACAAAAGUACUAGAGGGAAGUAGUGCUCUCCAACUUGCCCUGUCUAUACAUACAAUCUACGAAAUUUAAACGAAGAAAUAUACGAUAUAUUAUUACAAACAUUUCGAAAAUGUUUUUUCAAUUAUUUAAAGUCUGUUUGCGAAUACAUUAGUUAUAUACUAUCGUACACAUAUUUAUAUGAAAGAUUACACAUGCGUAUGCUUUUUACUGAAUAUAAUUUAAAUUAAGAAAAUAGAUAGUGAAUCAUAUUUACGUUCUAUUAUAUGUACUGUCCUGAUCUUAAUAAUCGCAAAUAAUAAUAUCCAUUAGAACUAAAUUCGUCUUAGAUAGUGCAUCCACACGUCACGGAUACAUAAAAAUAUUCUUAGUUUAUUUUUGUAUUUUCUAAAUUCUACAGAUUCUGACACAAAAAAAAACAAUCGAUGUUUGACUAAUCAAAAUCAGUUGACAAAUGACACAUAAUGUAUGUCAUUUGAUAUGCUAUCUAUCUGGUAUAAAUGACAACACGUAUAUCACUAUACUCAUCGCGUUUAUCAUUUUAAUUUUUUUUUUUUUUUUUUUUUUUUUAACUCUAUACACAAAGUAUAUAAAAAAAACUAUGUAUAUAUUUUUUAACAUACCAACAAAGAGAUUAGUAUUUGUUUGAUGAAUGCGCACAUUUUUUUGAAAAAACAAAUUAAUUAUAGUUUGUUCAGCGAAUAUCAUACCGUUUCUCUCUCGAUGAUUACGUUAUUAGCAGUUACUGUUCCAAAUUUUCAAGAACAAUAUUCAAGAACAUCGAUCAAAUAUACAGUUCGUUAAGUGUGAUUAACAACUAGUUUUUAUUUUUGUUUAUCCUAUUUUAUCGCGCGUGAAAUAGGCUAACGUGUAUUAAAUUUAUAUGAUUUUAUCAUAUAACUCAAUGAUUUUAUAGAGUAUUUUUAACGUUUGUGCUUUAUUUACUAUAUACGGCACAGAUAUCGAUAUGGAAGUUUAACACAAAGAGAAAAGUCAUCGGAGGGAACAUUGCGCAAGGCACAAGAUACACUUUUGCCGUUACGGAGAAAUCCUAGUCACAAGAUUUAAAAAACAAGAAGUAUAUUAAAAUAUUAUUAUAUAUAUUUUAUAUUUUAUAUGAUAUGUCGUUAUAUAUCUCCCGCAAAAAAAAUUACUUCUGUUGUUUUUUCUUCUAUAUAUUUACAUUGUUUUGAUAUAUCUCUACAUAUCUCUAUUACACACUCUUUGUAAAGCGGCAGUCCUAAUAUACAUAUACAUAUAUAUAUCACUAAUGUUGCAUUUAACACAAUAGAAAAAAAUUCAAAUCAAAUAAAAAA